AUGCCGUCAUCACAGCGAAGACGCCUCGCCAGGGCGGCAAAGCAAGCCAAGCAAAAGCCCGCUGUCACUGUCAUACCCGCCGCAUCGAGCUCAGCAUACGAAAUCAUCGGUGGCAUUGAGUCAGAACGUUUAGAGAUCCCGGCUUGUUGCGCUCGAGCUUCAUCCUCCGACACGUCCCAUAGCAUUAUCAGUGCCACAGCUUUGGAUCUCACUAUUGUCCCCAAGGCUCUCACCCAACAACUAGAAGCGACGAAUCAUAUCUCCAGAACAAUUGAGGGCUACAAAUCUAAUUCGCAGAUUGAUGAGUGCGCAGCGCCAUCAACGGCCCUCCACACCUUGAUAGGCUUUAAUUCCACUUUCAGCUUCGAGAAAACCCUUGAAUACACGUCGCCUGUGAAAGCCAAACACCAAAGGCGCUGGAACGAGCCGAAAAUCACAUCAUACCGUAGGAUUGGGGCUAUCUUCGAGGGGACUGGUCAACGAGCGUUACCGGUUGCACGCUAUACCUCUGCCGGUGGAGUAUCAACUUCUCAAGAUGCUCCCUCCAUCUUUGACUACCUUGCUCUCUCAUGCGUCAAAGAUCAGAAGCCUGCCCCGAUCUCCUCGAUAGAGUUGUCAACACCGAAUGAGGAGUUGGCUUUGCAUCAGGACGCCCCAGUGUUGGUACCCAUUGCAUUUGGGCCAGCGUCUCUUACCCCAACUUCCCCAACCCCUACUUCAUCUGGCUUGGAGGAAAAUCUCCUCCUUCGUGUCGUUCUGGAUGAGCCGAAAGGUUUGUUUUCUGCAAAGGUUGCCUCAUGGGCUCAUUGUGAGUUGGUCCGACUCUACCAAGCCCAGACAGCGCAACUGCACUCAGAGUCUACAUAUAGUGCACAUGCGCCUGCCGGAGAUUUCCUGCAACACGAGCCAACGAUAUCCGAGGCCUUGGUAGAGACUGUUAUAUUCAGUUUAUGUGGUACUGAUGCAGAGGUUUCGGAUAUCGCUAGCGGUCAAGCCAUGGUGCUCUAUCAGACCCCAUACCGGCCUGCAUAUGAAUCUUCGUACGAGCUGCGUAAUGAUUCUUUCGACGGACGCUCCAAAUCACCAUCACUCAUCAGCGAUAUUGAUGAUGAUAACUCAUGGAGCCCACACAACACGGGGCGUGUAUUCCUCUCCUCCCUCAACGGCGAGUUGUUUGUUGUAAACCCCAAUCAGCUUUUAUACAAGGUUAAGAUCAUCGAUGAAACGGCCUCAGACUUCGAUUCUAUCGCCUCCCCCAUCAAAGCGGACCGGAAUAAUAUCAAAGGGGCUAUCGAAUUAGAUGGAUCGGAGCUCCAUUGUGAGAAUGACCGUUUGUCUGACGAAGACACAGCGAGCGAUUUUGACGUACCGGAGCUUGAGGGCAAUGAUUCAUCCCUUGUACUCAAACCAUUUGGAAUCAUUCAAGAGGUUUCAUUCGAGCACACGAAACUUCUACCUCGUCACGAAGAGUACGAAGAGGGGCCACAAGAGGUUCUCUUCGAAGGAAAAGACACUAAAUUUGGCACCCUCAGUGAAAUAGAGAAGACCAAACUUGGGCAGCGCAGUGCAGAGGUGAAAGAAUCGGACUAUAAAUCGACGGACGAAGACCUUUUUGGGAACUCUGAAGAGGCCGAGGACGCAUGUCACGCCACUACAACCGUCCAACCCACUAAUGUUGCGGAAGAGAGUUCAUCAACCGCUGCAACUGAUUGGGUUUGUGAGCUCGCGCAUACGAUGCUAGGUACCGAGUCGUUGUUCACAUUCUUGGGCGAGCUACAUGUCGAGAGCAACGGAAAUGCGACGAAAACAGCUGUGGCAACCGCCUUCCUCCAGCUUGUCGACUAUGAGCGCCACAAGCUUGGAGGGGCUUUGCUGCCUCGCUCAUGCCCUACCGCGACGAUCCUAGGCAGUCGCAUACUGCCGCACACUACGGUCCUCGGGUCUACAACUCUUGCUACAUUCCUCUCUGAGCUUGACUUCGACCUCAACGAAGAAACCUCUGCCGUCGGAAUUUAUAAGGCGUUCAAGGGGCUAAGAAGGGCGGAGCUGCGCGCUCAUGAGGUGGUCACCACGGGUGUCAUGGGCGAACUUGGUCGUGCACUUGGAAAACUGACUUGAGCUGCGUCAGUUUGGUGCAUGAAGAGUGGGGGACUAGCACCGUGAAACCUGAGAAUAGCCUCCGAGAUGUGGGAUCGAUAGAGGGGAGGUAUAUUGCUGACAGCCGUUGUUACUUCAAUUGUUUAUAUUUUGGAUCUAGCCAAAGGCUCAGGAUGGUAAUUUGGCCGCUCCAGGCGGUACUUAGAUAGUCAAUAACUGUACAUUCCAGUCUCGAUACAUUUCGACACUUGCAUAUGCCUGAUACAUCCCAAAUCAUGGGCAAAUUAAGUCGUGUAUCGGUCCAUCUGAAGUAUGCAUCCACUCCAGGAAGUCCUAGAUUCGACAUGAUAGAUAGAAGGAGGAUGCCGGAUAGUUUACACGUUACCCCUCACAUAAUGCAGUUAGAGACCUUCGAUAGCAAUAUGUGCGCUUACUUUAGAGCGCUGAAGGUAUCCUAGCUUGUGCCACAUGUUGGAGGUCUUGUCGACACAGAG